AUGACCUCAAGAUCAAUCGUUCGAGGGCUGUUACAGAGCUCAAAGCCGCAAUACCGAGCACUCUCGACCACCAGAUCAUGUCUUGCUAGAAAGCACCCUAAUGGAUAUGCACCGCCUGCAAAAGAGGAUCUAGAGGAGUUACGGGAAAGGACGAGAGAGUUUGCUCUUCGCGAAAUUCCAGAGGAUGUUGCCGUAAAGACUGACCACGACAACGAAUUUCCAAAUCACAUGUGGCGGAAGAUGGGUGAAGCUGGUCUGCUGGGCAUCACCGCCGACGAGGAUUAUGGUGGCCUUGCCAUGGGCUAUCAAGCACAUAUAAUAGUCAUGGAGGAGCUCUCGCGAGCAUCAGGCAGCAUCGGACUCUCAUAUGCCGCACAUUCUCAGCUAUGUGUGAACCAGCUCAUGUUGAAUGGCAACAAAGACCAGAAGCAAAGAUUCCUACCAGACUUGAUUGCAGGCAAGAAAGUCGGCGCUCUAGCCAUGUCUGAAGUCUCGGCCGGAAGCGAUGUGGUUAGCAUGAAGAUGACAGCUAACGAGGUCGAUGGUGGAUAUGUCUUGAACGGAACAAAGUUCUGGAUCACCAAUGGACCCGAUGCAGAUACAAUGGUGGUGUACGCGAAGACAGCGCCGGAGGCUGCAUCUAAAGGCAUCACUGCCUUCAUUGUGGACACCACAGCUAAAGGAUUUUCAUGUGCUCGCAAACUCGACAAACUCGGUAUGAGAGGCUCCAACACUGGCGAGAUCGUCUUCGAGGAUGUGUUUGUACCAACAGAAAACAUUCUCGGAGAGGUCAACAAAGGUGUUCGAGUGUUGAUGGAGGGUCUUGAUCUAGAGCGAUUGGUGCUGAGUGCAGGUCCAUUGGGACUCAUGAAAGCUGCUCUUGAUGUGACUCUACCAUACACACACGAACGCAAGCAAUUCGGCCAACCCAUCGCAACUAACCAAUUCAUCCACGGAAAGCUUGCAGACAUGUACACAAAGUACAUGGCAUCAUCAGCAUUCACCUACACUGUCGCUGCCGCGAUUGACAACGAUCCAGAUAACGCCCAGAUCAAAACGCAGGACUGCGCCGGUGCUAUCCUGUACGCGGCAGAGAGAGCAACCGAGUGCGGGAUGGACGCAAUUCAGUGCAUGGGCGGCAUGGGCUACAUGAGCGAGAUUGCUGCAGGCAGGAUCAUGCGGGAUGCUAAGCUGUAUGAGAUCGGCGCCGGAACAAGCGAGAUCAGAAGGAUGGUCAUUGGAAGGGCGUUUAACAAGGAAUACCUUCGAUAA